AUGGCGAAAUCAUUACCGGCACAUCUCACUUACAAGACUGCGCUGGUCUUGCUACCUCCAUCUAGCAUUGCUGCGCCAAUCGAUCGAAUUCGAGGUACAUACGACAAGCAUUUCAAGCGAUGGCCUGCGCACAUCAAUCUGUUAUACCCAUUUCUAUCUGAGCCUUCUGAGCCUAGUGGGCAUGGCAACGGCUCGCAGUCAAGUCUCAAGCCCGACAUACGUGCACGUAUUAUAAGCGCCAUCAAAGACAUACGACCAUUCCAGAUAUCACUCGAGGCGGAUCCUCCAGGGGUUUUUCACCACGGGCCCAAUAGCACAACUGUUUGGUUGGGUCCUACCACCCAGAGUGUCCAACAGCUUCACGCGGCCCUGCAGAAAGAAUUCCCCGAAGUAAACGCAGAUCGACGGCCUUUUACGCCUCACCUUUCUGUGGGGCAAGCGAAGAGCCAGGUUCGCGUGGAUAAGCUCAAGAUGUUGACCACAAAAACAGUGAUGGAUCACACAUUGCUCACAAGUGGGCUACUGGAAAAACCAGGCUCUACCCCCCUCGAAGAAGCCAUACCUAUAGCUCUAUAUUGGGACGUUGAGUAUGUAUACGUCAUUGAACGCCAUGGCAGCAAAGAUCGUUUCAAGGUAGUUGAGGCUAUCAAAUUGGCCGAAUAA